AGUUACUCGUUUAGGUCAAGCUAACACUGACUGGGCAUAUUUGUCUUUGGUAAUUGUGUAACUAUAAUAGGAGGGAAAAAAAAAACAAUGCCGUUCCGUGCGGACUCAGUUAAACCUCCGCUGCAUGACCAAAUAACCGAAUUGCAGCGUAAAAUCCAACUGCUGGAGGGCAACAGAACGGCACACUACGAGAGCUCUCAGGCCACCAUCAAGAAGAACAGAGAGUCCAUCCGCCAGCUGAGGCAGGAGAACAAGAGGCUGCACAGACACCUGGCAGAGGCGAAUGCUGGUGAUGAACACAUCAUCAGUGAGGCCUUCCAUAACCGAGGCAUGGAGAAGGAUGCCUACCGCACCAUGUCAGGGAAGGCGUCACUGGCAACACUAGACCACAGGGUGCUGUCCAAGAUGAAGCGUCUCAAUGCCCUAAAACACACCACCCAGACCUACCAGCGGCGCCUUGAAGAGCUGAAGAUGGAGUACCAGAGAAUGAAACCAGAGGGCAGCAGUGGAGCACAGUCUGCUGAUGCUCGCACUCGGAAAAAAGAGGAAGAUGCCAUGAACCUGCGGGCACUGGAAAACAGUCUGGAGAAGACCCAGUUUAAGUGCAAGGAGGCUGAGAACAUCAUGACUAACUAUCUGAAACUCAAAAGUCACCUGCAGGAGGAGAGUCUGACUUUCCAGGGCCAGCUGGACACUCUGGAAGCAGAAAUCCUGAAGCACAGAGAGGAGCUUCAAGGCCUGCAAGUCAUGAACAGCGCCCAGCUCUCCAAGGAAGCUGCUAUGGUGCACAGCAAGAGAUCAUGGCGGUUGAAGGCCGAGUUACAGCAGCAGGAGGAACUAUUCUACAAGGAGCGCAAGGAGAGAGAGCGUAUUAUAGCGAGCUACAGGAAAAAAGUUGAUGAGUGCAAGGCCCAGGCUGAAAAAAUCGACAGAAGGACCCAGAGAACAACUAUGCAGCCAGAUGAACUGAGCAGUGAGGCCCAGCGCAGCAUCACCGGGAUGGCGGUUGAAGAGGAGAAGGCCAUCUCCUCUUUUGAGGAGGCCUUCCGACGCAUUAAGGAGGCCACUGGAGUCACAGAUAUACAGGAGGUAGUGGAGCGCUUUAUCUCACAAAAGGAGACACACCAACAUCUGGAGAAGCUGAAGGGAGAGAAUGAGAAGGUCCUGCAGCAGUUAAAGGAGCAAAAGGAGCUCCGGAGCCAACAGUUGCAGGAUAUGAAAUAUUCUGGAGAGGCUAAACUCUCCAGUGACCAACAGAUGCUGGAAGAGUGCAAGCAGCAACUGCAGGCUCAGCAGCAGAGGCGCGAUGCAGCUAAAGAGCGCCUGGAUUGGCUUGUUAAAACCCUCAGUACUAUUCAAGCCGGAGUGGAGCACCUGGCAGACAAACUUCAACACAUCACACUGAGUGAGGAUGAGGUGGUUGAGGUGUCUCCAGACUCAGAUGAGUUUGUGUUGGAGCUGAUGACCCAGUGCAAGCUGAAGUUGCAGUUACUGCAGGAGGAGCUUCAGGGAAAAGAUCUGGCUGCUAUUAUGAAGGAGAUGGAGGAAGAGGAGUUCUACAUCAGGAUUGAGGGGAAACUGCCGGCUUACAACACCCGAGUCAAGUUCCCCGAGGACCAAAGACUGGACCUGUUCAACGACGAUGAUGAGAGGGAAGAGGAUGAGGCUGACGUCAUCUCACGGGAAGAACUAAAGCGUCAGUCUCAGCUGAUCAUUGACUCCAAAUCCAAGAAGAAGCCCUGGAAGAAGAAGAAGGGCAAGUUCUGAUCCAACACCACAGCCUCAAGAUUCACAAAAAACAAAUGCUCUGCACCAAAAACGUAUUUAAGUGUAAAUAAAAUGAGCUGAAGUUGAGGACUGUGUACAAGCUUUCCCCUUGCUCUUAAUGAAUGUUUCAUUGCAGUUGCUACAAAGAAUCUGUUUUUGGUUGAAAAUACAAAUGAAUUUUUUAGACUUAAUGAAAGAUGAGCACAAUUCAACAGUUGUUAAAUGAUAUUUAUUAAAACAUUAGUUUGUGCCUCUGAAGCUGGUUAGCUGUUGUAUGAGUUGAUUUGUUGUGACAACAGUAAUAUUCUGUGUCAGGUGUCAGUGUUGCACCAACACCCAUCUGUCCGCCUCUUUUUCACAGUUCAGAAUUCCAACCUGCAGCCUCAUGGAAAGC